GGCCCGGCGCUGCCUGACGCCUUGGUUGCUGCAAAUCAACACCAGUGGCCGCCGGAGGCCUGCUUUCUCAUGGCGGCCUACCACGGGAACAUCGCCCACAUGAAGAGACUUGCGGCGACGGCAUUGGACUUGGAUGGGGUGGGAAUCCCGGCCGCUGUAGCCAGAACAAGGUUUUUGGGCAUGAACGCCCUUCACGCUGUUAGCGGUGCCAUCAGCAUGUUACCUCCCUUCCAGUAUCUGGUAGAGGAGGUUAACAUGGACGUCAACUGCCCUGACGAUAUGGGUCGUACUCCACUGGAGCAUGCCGUUACCCGUGGGCACCUUAGUAUUGUAAGGUAUCUACUUGAUCAUGGUGCUGACCUGCACCAACAAUGUUCAAGCAGAAAGGGAACUGUCCUUCAUCGAGCCGCAGAGAAUGGGCGCACUGAAAUAGCGAAGUAUCUCAUUUCUAGAGGAGCUCAAGUUAACAUGGAAGGAGAUUUUGGGACAUCACUUGCCCUUGCCGCUGGUGGGGGAUAUACUAGUACUGUCAAGAUCCUUUUGGAGCAUAAUGCGGAUCCCAACAAGGCCAAGAAGCAUUGUUUUCUACCUUUAUGCCUUGCACUAAAUAACAGCUCCAUGGCCUGUGUGAAGCUAUUGAUUCAGGCUGGAGCUGAUGUUGAUGGAUUUGGGCCUUGUCACAAUCCUUUGGCAACCUCUGUAGAGAAAGGCUUGACUGAAGCUCUUAAGUGCCUGUUGGAAGCUGGUGCAAAUCCAAAUGUUCCUGACACUUUUGGUAGAUUGCCAAUAGAGUUGGCUGCUCAGUAUGGCACACGAGAGGAUGUUGAGAUUCUCUUUAAUUUCACCUCUCCCAUUCCACCAGUGGUAAAUUGGAGUGUUGAUGGAAUUAUUAGGCAUGUGCAGAUGGAAAUCAAGCAGCUACAGGAUGAUGGUUUUGUUGAAAGGGUAUUGUCCAACCUGAAACGACAAGGGGAUGAAGCAUUUAAGAAGCAGGAUUAUCUAAAUGCAUCAGUGUACUACACACAGGCAUUGAAGGUUGAUAAUUUUGACACUGAGAUGUUAAAAAGGAGGAGUCUUUGCUGGGAUCGUAUUAGUGAUGAAGAGAACACUGAUGAUUUGGAGAAAAGAUACAAAAUGAUGUUUCGGAAGUGGUCAAAUGUGUACUGCAGGCAAGGGGCGGCCUUAAUAUUCCUGAAGGAUGAAGUCACAAGUAGGGCACCCCUUCUUUUCAGCAGGCCUCCCCCAUUAGGGAGUGGACAAAUCUCAAUAAUGAGUCUUUCCACAAACGAGACAUCAACUAUCAGUGGCCCAGAAUAUAAUGAUGCGUCAUGUUAUCACUCUUCGGAUGGCUGGCUAUUCAUGGUUUCCUGGAUGUCUGAUGUGGAGGCAAAACCCUAUUUGCUCAAACCACAGACUGGCCAAUGCAUUGACUUGCCUGUCAUACCGACCAAGUGUGUCGGUCCAACGGUAUUCUCUACAAUCUCAGGAGUUCCAGAUGUAGUGGUUUGUUUUGAUUCCAAAUCAGAUUACCCUUGCCUUCGUAUCAAAUAUUCUCAUGUUAAAGAAUGGAAAGCUUUUGAAUAUCCUAAAAAGUCUGAGUGUGGGGUGUUCAAAUAUGGGGCGAUAAUUGGAGAUGAGGUGUAUUACAUAGACGUUAUGGGCAAAGUUAUACUAUUUCGUCUCUUAGAACAUAACUGGAGUCUGUUGUGUGAAGAUGGCUGGGGAAGAAAAGGAGUUGGCCGCGGAACACAGUUCUUCCUUACAGCUGAAAGGGACAUUGUGAGGGUACACUGCCCACCACCUUGCUAUGAGAAAUUCUGUUUCAGCAAGUUUGAUCAAAGCCAGAAAAUAUGGAUUUCAUUAACUGAGAAUGAGUUAGAAAAUACAAGUUGGUUUCUCUCAUCUGGUGUGAGUGGCCAGAGAUGUUUUAGGGUGAGAGGGCUGGAUGGGAAGAAGGUGUAUUUGCUCUCUCCGAAUGAUGAAAAGAAAGCAGGCAAUCGGAAGGGCGCCAAUAGGGUUCUUCGGCCCCUUCCAGCAAUCCAAGAAGGAAACAUCUAUGUUCAUGAUCUCGAUUCCGGUACAACAGAGUCUCUUCUCUCGGAGCCAUUCAUGACAGUUUCGCAGUUUUGGAUACAUUCUGAGUGCUUCCAGUCGCCAGCGGCAAUGCCUCGACGCACCGUUGCCUGCGGUAGUCACCUCGACGGUCGGCCGUCGACCGCAUCCUCUUCGACACCGGCCGAAAAGCUGGACCCUGAUGCAGGGACAGGGGUCAUGCUGGCAUGCUAAGCUUUGUAGUGCUAAUGCAAAGGUCUCAUCUGAUCCAGUUGGGUUAAAUUAAGACACCAAGCCUUAGUUGAAGUGUAUGUUGCUGAAGUGUUACUAUUACAGGCCUAAUUUUUGUAGCAAAAAAUCUCUUGUAUUUAGUCUUUUUUAUGGUCUGAUGGCUUGCUGUGUA